AUGAAGAUGCGGUACACGAAUGCGCGAAUGACGAACAAUCGCGACGGGGGUCGUUAUGAUGUGCCGCUCUACUGUGCUUUUUCGAAAGAAGAAUCAGCGGUGUGCGACAAACUUGAUGUCGGAAACUACGUUGGCAAUGGCCUUGUCUACGCGGCUGACAGGUAUUGGAAUACAAGUGCUAAGAUUCCUCCUCAAGCUAGUGUUCUUAUGCUGAACAGUAAAUUGGACGCGGAGGCGCCGCAAAAAUUUGCUAAACAUUUGCUUAAAGAACUAGACGGUGACAAGAAGGAGUUGAUCACGUUUGAGUAUUCCGUGAAUAUGGCCACAAUGUUCACUCCAUUAGGCCAAAGUGGUGAAACGUGCGGCAUGAAGAUACUGGUAUCAUAUGUGACCAAUGACGGCGAUUUGGAGCGUGUUGACAAGUCUUGCGUCGAUGAGAUGCCCGCGUUCAGUAUGACUCCACUGCUUGAUUAUCAGCACUACUUUCUGAGCACGAAAGAUGCCUAUGACGGAGUGUACGAUAAAAGUCUGUAUGCAAGUGUUACCGGUCCAACCUCAAGCACAAGCUCAGCAGGACAGGUGCUUCAGCUUGAUGAGCACCAAAACUAA